AUGACGCUAAGUGAGUCGAAAUCACCAGGUCCAGACGACAUACCGCCUAAGUUACUGAAGGAGCUCGCUGCCGAACUAGCCAAACCAUUGUCCAUGCUUUUCCAAGCCUCGUUCGAAGCCGGCGGCUUGCCCGCCGACUGGAAAUCUGCGCGGAUCACACCACUGCAUAAAGGAGGCAGCAAGGCCUCUGCAAACAAUUACAGGCCAAUUAGCCUCACUUCCAUCUGCUGCAAACUCAUGGAGAAAAUAAUCAAGCGAGAGCUGAUGCGCUUCCUAGAGCAGCAUUAUUUAUUAUCUGAUGCGCAGCAUGGGUUUCGUAGUGGCAGGUCUUGCGUGACUAACCUGCUCAACUGUUUGGAACGUUGGACUCGGUCAGUUGAUGAAGGCAGUGCGCUGCAUGUAGUCUAUAUCGACUUUAAAAAGGCAUUUGAUAGUGUCCCACAUCAGCGACUCCUGCACAAACUGAGCCGAACAGGCGUUAGGGGUAACCUCUUAAAAUGGAUUCAAAGCUUCCUGUUAGACCGUUGUCAAACUGUCCAUGUCGGUGGCCAGAAGUCGACGGAGGUUGCCGUUGAAAGCGGUGUUCCCCAAGGCUCAGUUCUUGGCCCUACUCUGUUCAUCAUUUACGUCAACGAUUGCGUGAGUGAACUGGAUUGUGGUGUCGCCAUGUUUGCGGAUGACAUUAAGCUCUGGAGCGUCAUUCGAACUGCAGAUGACGAAGAGCAUCUGCAGGCGAACCUAAAUCGACUCCAACAGUGGUCAAAGGCCUGGCUUCUGCCGUUCAACGAGAAAAAGUGCAAUAUUCUACGAGUCGGCAGAGCUCGCUCUCCAAACCAUAUGGCCUACUGCCUAAAUGGUAUACCACUGUAA